AUGACUAUUCAAAACGCCCAUGGACAAAAAUAUCCUGAAGCAGAAGGGGCAUGUGCAGGUCUGGGUGGUGGAGAUCUUUGCAAUGAUCGCUGCAAAGCAUGUGGCUAUAAGAAAGGAGAAUGCGGAGGCAUGGUGUGGCAAACUUGCCAAUGUUUUCGUACUCGCGCUGAAUUACUUGCAGCACGUGCCCGUGAGGAACUUCUUCGUAGGAUGGCAGAAGAAAACGAUUCUAUCUGUCCAAAUGGACACCUCACUGGUCGAUGUCUUGCCGAUCGUUCCAAAUGCUUGAAACUGAUCGAAUUCUUUUUUCGUGAACUGAAUGUUUAUUAUUCUAAUUUGAUAAAAUAA